UCUAGCGAUCUUCCGCUCUAUCGUCGGAGGUCUCUCGUCCCGCCGUCUUCUCUAUGGUGCCAGCCCUGCACCGCCAGGAGCCUGCGGCAGCAGCGGCGCGGCAGGACCACCCUCCUCAUCUUCACGCCAUGCCGGGUGGCGGGUCCCGGCCGCCCGAGCCCCAGUGGAGCUGAGGUCUAAAAAUACUUUGAGGGAGAUUAAGCAGUUCAACAAGCGACGCGCUAAUGGAUGACAGAGAAUUUCCACCAAAUGAUGUACAAAUAGACUCAAAGGACACUCUUCCUGCUGACUAUAGGGUAGAAAGUUUGGCAUCUCAUUUGGUUUCUUCAGCUGAUGAAAAUGAAAAUCAACUUGACAGCGAUGGGAAUGAGGUUCUGACCAAUAUUGCUAUGGGACAACAGGAUAAAGGCAAGCAGGACAGCAUCAAUAAUAAUGAGAAUAUGGACAUUGGAGACUGUACCCAGAGCUGUAAGGAAAGUGAGACUGAGAGGAUGUCUGUAAAUGUCCAUAUGGACACCCAGCUGGAGGAAAAGCCUACUACAGAAAAACAGACAGGUGGAAAAAGAAGUCCAAGAAGCAGAAGAAGCUCCACUAAAAAAUCUAAAGGAGUUGUUACAGUGGGAACCACAGCAAUCAACGAGGAAAAUACUCUUAUUAGAGAUACAGAUUCUGUGCAUGGUGAAAAUGCUGUUGAAGCAAAUGAAAGCUUUGACCAAAGAGAACAAAAGCAAACGUUGCAGUCUCUUUUCUCUUUGCUCCGUGAGGAGGUCGAGCAGAUGGAUUCAAAGAUACUUCCCCUGUGUCUCCAUCAGAUAGCUGAGACCUAUUUUCAAGAGGAGGAAUAUGAGAAGGCAAUGAAGUUCAUUCAGCUUGAACGACUGUACCAUGAGCAGCUGCUUGCAAAUCUUUCUUCCAUACAGGAGCAGUGGGAAAGAAAAUGGAAAACAGCAGUUCCUAGUCCAGUAACAACAGUGAGGAAUUCAGCUAAAGAACUGAGCGUUGAAGAGCUGGAAAAGCUUACUAGAAUGUGCUCUUCACAUCAACAGCCCCAGGCAUCCAAAAAUAAGCUAGUAGCUGCAGAAAAUACACGGGAAAGCAGUUAUUUGCUUCAGCUAACGGAAUCAAAAAGUUUAAAGGAAAGAGAAGCAACUGCUUUGAAGUCAGGUACUGAAACUUGUCCUGGCAGUGGACCAAAGAAAGAAGAUAAACAGCUGAGCACGAGUUCUCUAGGUGAGAACAGACUCGAGAGACGGACAGAGGCAGCAAGCCUUUGGGUCGCUGCAGGAAAAGACCACAUGGAGGAGCAGCACUGCAGUGCUGAAUCAACAUUGGAGCCACACACCCAGUCCACAGGGACUGUGGGCCGGCCUUCUUCAGGCUGUUUAUCAUUUGGGAAUGCCGGUAAAGAUAACAGUUUGCAGCUAAGGGAAAGACAGCUCCCUAAGGAUGCGGAAAAAAUAGAAGGCACAGCUGGGAAGCCUGGACUGAAACUGCCUCCUGAGCCAAUGGUAGAGGCACUGGUUUUAACAGAUGCUGAUUUUAUGCCUGCUGAUUUGCUUCCUGCUGAUAAAGAUGUGCAAGCUGACGGAAGUCUGCUCAGAUCAAAACAUGCUCCUGGCUCUUCAGAAACUGCUAGUGGCCAGCUUGGAGAUAGUGAUUUGAAGCAGCAACAGAAACAGCAUGAUGAUGAUGAAAAGCCUUUACAGAACAGGACUGUAUCAAAUGUAUGCUCUGGGUGCAAUGAAGUGUCAGAGCAUGAAUGUACUGCUCAUUCACAAUUAUGCCAGGAAAUACAGAGAACAACAGGUCAGGAGAAGAAGGUAAAUAAUGAAGAACAAGAAGAUUUAUUUCUCAGAUUUUUAAAUGGUACCAUAGUAGACACUGAAGAAUCAUUUGAAAACCAAAAGGACUUUGACACUAUUCCAGAUAUUUCACCUGAACGAGCAUCUUACAGCUCACUGGAAGCUUUAUCACUAGAUGACAGCUUUUCUUCUCUUGAUGAACUUGCAAGCAGGAUAGAGAUUGCAGAGAUUGCCCCAGCAGAAGGAUUGGUGUCUAUACUAAAGAAGAGAGAUGACAGGGAAGGAAAGCCAGUUGCUCAAGUCCAGCAAAGGCAAACAAAGAGAAGAGUGCGAUUCCAAGAGACGGAAGACACAUUGGAUCAAGAUGAAGUGGCGGGUGGAUCCUGUAUCUUGCUGAUCCUGCUGUGCAUAGCAACUGUUUUCCUUAGCAUUGGAGGAACUGCACUGUACUGCACCUUUGGUGACAUGGAAUCCCCUGUGUGUACUGAUUUUGCAGCCAAUAUGGAUUUCUAUUACACCCAGAUACUGCAUCGUAUGGAAGAACUUAAACACUGGAUAGCCUUCUCGUAAUUGGAAUGGGCAGAAACAGCACACUGAGAGGUCACCAAUGCUUACCUGAGAGGGUAGAAAAAAAUUCUGAUUUCAGGUUCUCCAAAUUUGCCACCUGAUGGUGUACUUAUGCUCUUACUUAGAAAUCAAGAAAAUUAUAGUUUAGCAAUCAGGUGGCAAAGUGUUCACAUCUUAAGCUGUAGCAGUGUGGUAAGGAAGAAUAAAAAGUUCUUCUCUUCACCCUUUUGAGCGUAGGCAAGUAGCUUUUUGGCAGCUUGAGAAAGCAAAGAAGAAAGAAGAAAAUUGACUGUCUUCUGUUUGCUCUCCCAUUGCCAUGCAUCGUGUAAGCAAUCUCUGGAAGCUUGUUAAAAGGACAGCUUUAAUUUACACCUGUUUGUGCAAAGGUGUUGCCUCCAGCUAUCAUGCAAUAAGUCUGUGUUUUAUGGAAACAUUCUUUUUCUUCUAUGUCUUUCUGCUUUUCUCCAUUUUAUUUCUCCUGGUGAGCCGUGUAAUUAUUUGGGUGGAGUGAGAAGAGUGCAGCAGCAUUUACAGAGCCCCCAUUUGGUGAUUAACAGGCUGACCCCGUAUCUUGCAACUUUUGGUGGAUACCAUGAGUGGGAUAAAUCUGCUGGCAGAUUUCACUAAAUUUCCUGGAACUUUACUCUGUUUUGUGGGCUGGUUUUGAAGUGAAGGGUUAAAAAAGAAAGACAUCAUUGGUCUCACUAAACACAGAAACAAAAGUAAAAUGUUUAGUAACUUACUUGUGUUAAACAGUAAAGUGGCUUUGGCCAAUUUUAAAGCACCUGGAAGCAGGUGUGGGGGUAACUGGUUUGUCUUUUCAGCUAUCACUGACUUGCAGUAAUCACUUUGUGCCUCAGUUUCUCCUCCAUAAAUGGGGAAUAAUGAUCCUUGCCUUUGUCUGUGAAUAUUUAUUGCAGUUAGGGUUUUUGUCUGAUUCAUCCCAGAUGAGUACACAGGAUCGCUGAACUGUGUGGCUGCAGCCUCUCUCAGUAAGCAAAUGCUUAUGUAAAAGUGGGACACGUCCAUGAGAAGAGAUUCAGAGGCUCACUGCUGAUCUGCAACAUGUUAGUAGCCCAGGGCACUCACUCCAGCAGAUAAAGCACAUUUGCAUCUAUUUGCUUUGUGUUUCUGUAUUGUAAAAUCUGUAAUUUUUCUAUCAACUUAUACAAACAAAGGUAAAUCAGGUCAAAGAGUCCUUUUAAAUGGUUAUUUCUAUUACUUGGUGCUCAGCCCCUCUUUGUGUGGUAUGUGAGAGGAAUACUGACAUGACUGUGAAGGUGAGAAUGAGAUACACAGGCCUUUGUCCCACACUCUGGUCAAAUCUGGCAACUGUCCUUGCACAGAGCACAACGACCUAGCCCUGCUGAUGGUGUUAGUGUGAAACAACUCCACGCCUCCAGAAAGAGAAAGUUUGAGAAGUCCACUCCACACCAUGAUUUCCUGCUUACUAAUGCUGUAUGAGGCAGUGUGUUCAGGUUAGAAUAUUAUUUUGUAAAAUACUAUGAAAUGAAAUGAAAUCUUUGAGAUAACUGCUCAGAAUUCUAAGAGUAAGUGAUCAUGCUUUCUGCCAUUUGCAAGCAAAUUGUCCCUCAAGUGAGCUUGAUUGUUCCUAAUGCACUGUUAUACUUAACAGGUUUUUAAAGUGGAAGUUAAAAUCACUUUUUUUUUCCUUUUUCCUACAAUAAAUUGCAUGUAUGAUUUAUUUUUGUUCAUUUUCACUGUGAAAGCUUAGUUUAUUUAUACCUUAGGGAGCCUCAUGUGCAGCUUUAUAUUAAACUGGCAAAUUUUAAAUGCCCAAAUGAAUGAAAACUGUUGCUUUUUCAGAAUGACAUUUGAGAAUGCUAGUUUGGUAUAUUUUUUUUGUUGUCCUCAGAGUAUUUUAAUGUUGGGCUAAUCUAAAGGAGAAAGGGAGAGACACUUUUCUAUUUUAAAGUGUUACUGGCUGGUUCAGUUUAUUAUUUGAAGUCUGGGUUUGCUUAUUUAUUCAGUUUUUUCCUUUAAGAAUAAUCUCUCUCCUUUUUUUUUUGGUAAUUUCCAGAGUUAUUAAAAAGCAUGCAUUCAGUUUAAAUAUGUAUUUAUAGUGACUGUGUAGUAGAAUAUAUUUUGGGGGUUUGUAACUUUGCAUUGAGUGUUUCAGGAUAUUAAGGUUAUUCCUAAAGAGAAAACUGUUCAUUUCAGCUUAAAAAUCUUAAGUUUUUGUGCACUUCAUCACCAAAAAAAAGUCAAGAGGUAUAUAUAUAUAUAUAUUUAUAUAUAUAUAGAACUAUUUAUUCAGAAGUAUAUCAGAUGUGGACAUCAAAGGUCCUCUACUUCUAGGUUCAUUUAAUUAAAACUAUUUUAAAUUAAUUAUUUUAUUUAUAACUGUAAAGCUAUUUAAAGUCAAAGCAAUUUUUAAUGAGCAAUUCAGUUUAAAAUUGGUGGUCCAAAUCCUGGUAGGUCUGCUUUGUGCUAUAUUCCCACUGCAAAGACUGACCAGUAUCAGCAGAAUUGCCUACAAGAAGAUCAUGAAGAGGUUGAGUACCACUUUACCAACAUACCUGAUGAAGAAUGAGUGGUUUGGCAUUCUGUGUAACUCAACUAUUUACACUUGUGCUGUAACCUGGAGCAUCUCUCCAGCCUUCCCAGCCUAUACCAUUGUACCAUGCCUGCAAAGUCUCUUAGGAUUUGAAGGAGCAGAAGGGAUCCAUAUGCACAGGCUGCCCAGCUCCUGAUCUGAGCUGCUCACUCCUCAGUUGCAACUGAGUGGUUGAAUCUGGAUCUAAUUUCUGUUGGCAUUCCUUUAUAGAAAGUUGCUGGUACUAAUUCUUGCUUUGUGUGACAGUUCUGUUAGUGCAAAUAUUUUGUGUGGUAGUGCAUCAUCAAACUUAGAGCAAGCAAGGUAACAAAUCUGGUUUGUGUUGAGAGAGUGUGCAGGUAGGCCUAAUGUUGGCCUUCCUAUGUGCUCUUUUCUCUUUGUGGUGAUACUGCUUCUGCCUGGGUGAGCUGAGGGGUUGGGAUCUUACAGUCAGGGAAAUCCAGGCUAAAAGAAGUAGUUGAUUUGAACAGUUACUCCUCUUAUGAGUAUUUUGAUAUAAAAUAAUACUGAGCAACAGCUAAUAUUAUUAUUAGGAGGAAGAAAGCAGAGGGGGAAAACUUUGUGCACUUUAACCCCAUUUGUGUCAUAAGGUUUAACUCUUGUUUCCUACCACUAUCCUUAUAGCUCACCUGCUUAAUAGCAGGGGAAACAUCUGACACCAGUAUAAACCCAUUUGUAGUUGGUAGGAAAACUGAGGGAAUGAUUCCAUACUUGACUGAUAGCUAAGAGCAAUUUAUUAAAAUAAGACUGGAUUUCAGGCUAACAGUGAACCUUCAAAGAAGUUGUGGUCACUAAAUCACCUGCAGCACUCCACUAGGAACACCCCACCCCCCUUCCAGUUUACUCUUUGAGCAUAAUUAUUUUGUAGAGAUUCUCACAAUAAAACAAAACCAACCAGACUUUUGAUGUAGAUUGUUGUGGCCAGGAUUGUGCAGGGUUCUGCACUUUGGCCACAACAACCCCAAGCAGCACUACAGGCUGGGAACAGAGUGGCUGGAAAGCAGCCAGGAAGAAAGGGACCUGGGGGUACUGGUAGAUGGUAGGCUGAAGAUGAGCCAGCAGUGUGCCCAGGUGGCCAAGAGAGCCAAUGGCAUCGUGGCCUGUAUCAGGAACAGUGUGGCCAGUAGGACAAGGGAGGUUAUUCUUCCCCUGUACUCAACACUGGUCAGGCCACACCUUGAGUGCUGUGUCCAGUUCUGGGCUCCUCAAUUCAAGAGAGAUGUUGAGGUGCUGGAAGGUGUCCAGAGAAGGGUGACAAAGCUGUUGAGGGGCCUGGAACAUAAACCCUAUGAGGAGAGGCUGAGGGAGCUGGGGGUGUUUUAGCCUGGAGAAGAGGAGGCUCAGGGGGGACCUCAUUGCUGUCUACAACUACCUGAAGGGAGGUUGUAGCCAGGUGGGGGUUGGUCUCUUCUGCCAGGCAACCAGCAAUAGAACAAGGGGACACAGUCUCAAGUUGUGCCGGGGGAGCUCUAGGCUGGAUGUUAGGAGGGAGUUCUUCCCAGAGAGAGUGAUUGGCAUUGGAAUGGGCUGCCCAGGGAGGUGGUGGAGUCACCAUCCCUGGAGAUGUUCAAGAAAAGCCUGGAUGAGGCACUUAGAGACAUGGUCUAGUUGACUGGCUAGGGCUGGGUGCUAGGUUGGACUGGGUGAUCUUGGAGGUCUCUUCCAUUCUGGCUGAUUCUAUGAUUCAGCAUAGGCUGCCAAGUAGAGCUUUCUGAUGACAUAAUUGUUACAACACCCUUACACCAAGUAACAGACUACCCCAAGAAAGGCAUUGUGCUGUAGCAUAUCCAUGCUUUACCACAGGCUUGUUUUCACAACACUGCCAGUAAGGAAGCAGACAGUCCACAGCCCAGAUACGCCAGCAGAAGUUUGUCACCCAGACACAGCCCAUGAUUAAAAGCUUUUGCAACAGUUUUGCUUUUGUACUUUGAAAACACAUAGCCCUGGUCACAGCAGUCCAAGGAAAAGGGGGAAAUCUUGUUGAGGGUUUUCAGGAGUAAAGGGCUAUUUUUCUAAUAAGCAGAGGAGAUUGGAAAUGCAGAUUCUUCUGUGGCUCAAUAACCUAAAGGGAUGUUACCCUUCCAAGAAAACAUUUGCCUACUUUGUACUGUAAUGUAAAACCAAAACCAUCUGAAAGGACUAGCAACUAUUUGUAAUAAAUUGAACUUAAGCAUCCUUUAGCAAAAGGAGUAAAUAACUGUGUUUGAAACCAUCACCCAAGCUUGUAAUUUAAAUACUGUAGCAAAAAAAAUUCAAAUAAAAACUGUCCCAAAGAAAAUAAAUGAACCUUUUUUUUUUUGGGUACUGUGAUUUCUACAUGUAUAAAAGAGACUGGGAAUAUGUUCUGUGAAAUUCAAGUAAAUGAGCAGUACUUCCAAUAAAAAUUUCAUGGUCAAACCCAAACCAAAAUGGAAAAUUAGUAUCAAAUAAAUUAAGGUUUGAUGGUGUAGUUUUUCCUGGGUGGAUUGGUUUGUCUUUAAUAGCUAAACAAAACUUCCACACAAACCCUGAUUUCUUCAGAUAGGUAGGUUUAAAAUACUAGGGAGGUGGUGGAGUCACCAUCCCUGGAGAUGUUCAAGAAGAGACUGGAUAAGGCACUUGGUACCAUGGUCUAGUUGACUGGAUAGGGCUGGAGGAGAGGUUGGACUGGAUGAUCUUGGAGGUCUCUUCCAACCUGGUUGAUUCUAUGAUUCUAAGCUUGCCACAUGCUGAGAAUCCUCAUGCUUGUACAGCUUAAUAGUUCUGGCAUUUCUGUCUGAGUCUUUAAGUUGGUAGACAGUCUCUGAGCCCAUGAGAGUAGCAAGAAUAUUUUCACACUACUUUUCCUGAGCUAGCUGAAUUCAGUGCACUAAAGGAGGGCUUGCAGAAAAGAAGAGAGCAAAAGGUUUUAAUCACAGAGGAUCUAUACAGUUCUUUUCAGUAAGACUAGUACUUACCAUCAUAGUAACUGGCAAUGUAGCUCCAAAAAGGUCCACCAUAAUUAACAGACAAGAGUAUAUUUGAAAAGACUUACAAGCAGAAAAAUUCUAUACUGAGAUUUCUUGGUGACUACUCAAAGAUUUGAGCCUUAUACAUUAUAAAUUUACACAAGUGGAAACAACUUCUCAAGAUUGUUGAAAGCUAAAGGCAGUAUAUUAUGGACAGAAAGGCUACAGAAUGAAUGUCAUAAAGGCUUUUAGUCAAAGAUGAUUUAAAAAAUACUGGUGAAGGAUUAAAACUAUUUCUGAUAAUGAUA